CGCUUGUGGGCACAGACAGUUCUAUCUAUUCAGUCGAAAUGGCAAGAUUCGCAGUUGUUUGUGUGGCCCUCGGGGUUUGUGCUUUCGUGCAAGCAGCGCCAGGUUAUGGCGGUGGUAACAACGGAGGCGGUAGCGGCGGCUACGGCAGUGGCGGUGGCGGCGGCGGUGGCUUCGGUGGCGGCCACGGAGGCGGUGGUGGCUUAGGAGGCGGCCAUGGGGGUGGUGGCGGUCUAGGCGGUGGUGGUGGCGGAGGCCAUGGCGGCGGUCUUGGCGGUGGUAGCGGAGGUGGUCUUGGUGGUCACAGCGGCGGACUUGGCGGAGAUCACGGCGGCAUCGGAGGCAGUAUUGGCGGAGGUCACGGAGGCGGCGGCGGCGGCGGUCUCGGCGGAGGUCACGGAGGCGGCGGCAGCGGCGGACUGGGCGGCGGUCUCGGCGGUAGUGGCGGUCACGGCGGUCACGGCGGCGGCGGUCACGGCGGUCAAGGCGGUUUCGGUGGAGCCAAAGCUAGCGCUAGUGCGAGCGCUGGCUCCGGCGGAUAUGGUGGAUACGGACGCUAAUUUCGGCACAAGAGCGAGACUCAAGCAAAAACUUCUGAACUUUUCGUGAAUAACUUCAAAAUUGCCUGUAGAGAUAAGCAAAAACGAAUGUGAUAUAGUAAUAACUGCUCGCCAUAAUAUUAUUCGUAAUAUUAUGAACUAAAUAAAACCAAUUACCUAAA